CCGCGCCCCCCCCCGCCGCGCCCUCUCCCCCCCGCCGCCGCCCGCACCAUGCCCGAGCAGCUCAGCGUGGCCGAGUUCCUGGCCGUGACCGGCGAGGACCUCAGCUCCCCGGCCGCCGCCGCCUUCGCCUCCAAGAUGCAGAAGUGCCGGGGGGCGGUGGGGGCUCUGGAGGAGAGCCUGGAUGGGGACCAAGCCGUGCUCCAGAGGAUCAGGAAAUAUGUGAAAGCCAUUCACAUCUCCGGGCUCACCCAUGUGGAGAACGAGGAGCAGUACAGCGAAGCCCUGGAGAACUUCGGCAAUAACCACCUCUCCCAGAACAACCACGAGCUCUCCACCGGCUUCCUCAACCUGGCCGUCUUCACCCGCGAGGUCACCGCACUCUUCAAGAACCUGGUGCAAAACCUGAAUAACAUCGUCUCCUUCCCCCUGGACAGCCUGCUGAAGGGGCAGCUGAAGGACGGCCGCCUGGACUCCAAGAAGCAGAUCGAAAAGGCCUGGAAGGAUUACGAGACCAAAGUGGGGAAGAUGGAGAAGGAGAAGGAGCGAGCCCGUUUGGCGGGGGUCAUCCAGGCCGAGCCGUCCGCAGCAGAGGUGGCCGAGGACAUGCAGAAGGAGCGGCGGCUCUUCCAGCUCCACAUGUGUGAGUACCUGCUGAAAGCCAGCGAGUCUCAGAUGAAGCAGGGACCAGAUUUCCUGCAGAGCCUCAUCAAGUUUUUCCACGCUCAGCACAAUUUCUUCCAAGACGGCUGGAAGGCUGCCCAGAACCUCUACCCCUUCAUUGAGAAGCUCGCUGUGUCCCUCCACGCGCUCCACCAAGCGCAAGAGGAGGAGGUGAAGCAGCUCACGCAGACCCGCGAUUCCCUCCGCAGCAUCCUGCAGCUGGAGAGCAAGGAGGAAAACCUGAGCAGGAAAAACUCUGGCAGCGGCUACAGCAUCCACCAGCACCAAGGGAACAAGCAGUAUGGGACGGAGAAGUCGGGAUUUCUGUACAAGAAGAGCGAUGGGAUCCGCAAAGUGUGGCAGAAGAGGAAGUGUGGCGUGAAGUAUGGCUGUCUGACCAUCUCCCACAGCACGAUAAACCGUCCCCCCGUCAAGCUGAACCUCCUCACCUGCCAAGUGCGGCCCCACGCCGAGGAGAAGAAAUGCUUCGACCUGGUGACGCACAACAGGACGUAUCACUUCCAAGCGGAGGACGAGCAGGAAUGCGUUGUGUGGGUCUCGGUGUUGCAGAACAGCAAGGACGAAGCCCUGAGCAACGCCUUCAAGGGGGAGCCCAACGGCGGCGGGGCGGCAGCGGGCGGCGGGGCGGACGGCGGCGUGCAGGAGCUCACCAAGCUGGUCAUCAGCGAGGUGAAGAACAUGCCGGGAAACAAGCAGUGUUGCGACUGCGGGGCCCCGGACCCCACAUGGCUCUCCACCAACCUGGGCAUCCUGACGUGCAUCGAGUGCUCCGGCAUCCAUCGGGAGCUGGGCGUGCAUUACUCCCGCAUCCAGUCCCUCACCCUCGAUGUCCUCAGCACCUCCGAGCUGCUGCUGGCCGUCAGCGUCGGGAACACCCGCUUUAAUGAGAUCAUGGAGGCCACGCUGCCCGCGCAGGACUGCCCCAAGCCCUCGGCCGGCAGCGACAUGGCCGCCCGCAAGGAGUACAUCGUGGCCAAGUACAUGGAGCGACGCUACGUGCAGAAAAGCGGCCGCGAUGACCCCCACCGCCUCUGGGAAGCCAUUCGUGCCCGUGACCUCCUGGCCCUGCUCCAGGCCUUCGCCGAGGGGCACGAUCUGGCCAAGCCCCUGGCCAGCCCCGAGGGCCAGGACCCGGGCGAGCUGGCGCUGCACAUGGCCGUGCGCCACGCCGACAGAUCGUCCCUUCCUCUGGUGGACUUCAUCAUCCAGAAUGGGGGGACGCUGGACCGGGUGACGCAAGAUGGGAACACGGCUUUGCACUACGGCGCGCUCUACAACAAGCCCAACUGCCUCAAGCUGCUCCUGAAGGGCAAAGCCGCCUUCGCCACGGUGAACGUGGCGGGCGAGACGGCUUUGGAUGUGGCGAGGAGGCUCAAGCACACCGAGUGUGAAGAGCUGCUGGAGCAGGCGCAGGCGGGGAAGCUCUCCCUGCAGAUCCACAUCGACUACGACUGGGAGCCCCAGGAGUUCCCCUACGACAGCGAGGACGAGCUGGAGGAGAAGGUGAGCCCCCUCCAGCGCUCUUUCAAGGGCACGUCGCCGCUGGCCGCCAGCCCCCCGCCCGCCUGCCCCCAGACCCGCUGGAGCUGCAUGGGGAUGGACAUCACCAACAAGACUUACGAGAGCAUCCUGGUGCCCUCGCGCCCCGCGCCCCGCCGGGCUCACAGCGAGGAGAUCCCCCCGCCGCUGCCCCUCAAAAACCCCACGCGGGGCGGCUCCCGCCCCAAACCCGGCCACAGCCCCACCGAGCGCCCUGAGCUUCCCCGGCAGGCGUCGGAGCCGCACUUCCCUGGGCCUGCGGAGGCUCCGGCACUGCGCGGCAUCCCCUCUGCCGGCACCACCGGCGCCCUGGAUGGCACCGCCGGCCUGCCGGCACCCGGCACCCGCAGCCCCACCGAGAGUCGACGGGCAGCGUACUGGGAGACCCGCUCAGAAACGGACAGCAGUGGCACCCGGCGGGGGCCGGAGCUGAGCCCCCCACCCGGGCAGCCCCUGCCAGGCAGCAUGGCCCCCGACAUCCCCCCCGUCAAGUUCGGCUCGGAGAGCACCCGCUCGUACCGGCGCAUCAGCGGCGUGGUGGGCAAAGCGGGGUCGGCCAUGUCCCCCCAGAGCCCCGGUGGCCCCGAGGACCCCGCUCUGAGCAAGGUGCCCCCCGUGCCCAUGCCCAGAAGAUUUGCUCCGGCCAAGGGGAGGCAGAAACGGGUGAAGGCGGUGGCUGACUGCAAGGGGGACAAAGCGCGUGAGCUGACCUUCUCCAAGGGAGAGGUGAUCGUGGUGACACGGGAGGAGGACGAGCAGAGCUGGGUCGGCUUCAUCGAGGGCGACGGCUCCCGCACCGGAGUCUUCCCAGCCAGCUUCGUCCACCUCUUGCAAGACUGACUGGGUGGCGGUGGCCCCUUUUAUCCCUGUCCUCUCGGCCGGGACCAGAGGCAGCUCCCCGUCGGCCAGCGAGGGCUCAGGCACAGCCCCAGCCCCGGGGGCUCGGCAGAGCCAGGCCACGAGGGACAUGUGCCCAGGACCCUGGCGUGGGACCAUCCAGCCUGGCUGGAUGCUAGCCUCCAAGGGGGCUCAGAGACCCCCCCCAUUGGGAAGACAGUCCACGGACAGCGGCUGCGGGGAGCUGAAGGGCUGCCGCCCGCCCUGCGGGUAGGGCAGAGAACAGCCACGCUCGCUGCACUAGUGAGCUGAGGUUUCUGUGCUGGCCCCCAGUGUCCCCCGCUCCCGCUGCUCUUCCAUCCCUCCUGUGGGCUCUGCUCGUCCCCGGGGCUUUCUUCUCCCCUGUCUGCCAAGGGACUUGGGGAUGGGGGAGCUGCACUCGGUGACCCCCACCCUCCUCUGCCAGGGAGCCAUGGACCCCCCCUCCCCGGCCUGGGGGGAGCGGGGCUGGGGAGUGGCCGUGUACCCCCUGGCUGCCUUCUCUACCCCAACUGUGAAGCCUUUGGGAUGGGUAGGGAAUAGGAAAGGGCUUUUAUUGAC